GUUUCCUGGAGCAGGGUCUGUUGGUGAAGGACCUCUCUAAGCUGAGAGACAGUUACCUGAAGACGGUUCAGUUUAAACUAGACCUGUUGUCUAUCCUGCCUACUGACCUGUUCUACCUCUCUCUGGGAAUACACACUCCUCUCCUGCGCUUCAACAGACUGCUGCGGUUCAACCGCAUGUUUGAGUUCUUCGACCGUACAGAGACCAGGACCAGUUACCCCAACGCCUUCCGCAUCACGAACCUGGUCCUUUACAUACUGGUGAUCAUCCACUGGAACGCCUGUAUCUACUACUCCUUCUCCAAGGCCCUGGGACUGGGGUCUGACUCCUGGGUGUAUCCCAACCAGACCACUCUGUCGCGGGGUUACAUCUACUGCCUCUACUGGUCCACCCUCACCCUCACCACCAUAGGAGAGACACCGCCACCCGUACGAGAUGAGGAGUUCCUCUUUGUGGUCUUUGACUUCCUGGUGGGCGUGUUGAUCUUCGCCAGCAUCGUGGGGAACGUGGGAGCCAUGAUCUCCAACAUGAACGCUACGCGGGCAGAGUUCCAGAGCCGCAUCGACCAGGUCAAACACUACAUGCAGUUCAGACACGUCAGCCGUGACCUGGAGCACCGUGUCAUUCGCUGGUUCGACUACCUCUGGACCAAUCAGAAGGCGGUAGACGAACAGGAAGUUCUGAAGAGCCUGCCCAAUAAACUGAGGGCUGAGAUCGCUAUCAAUGUGCACCUGGAGACUUUGAAGAAGGUGCGUAUCUUCCAGGACUGUGAAGCAGGCCUGCUGGUAGAGUUGGUAUUGAAGCUGCGUCCCCAGGUCUUCUCUCCAGGAGAUUAUAUCUGUCGUAAAGGAGACAUUGGGAAGGAGAUGUACAUUAUUAAAGAUGGCCGCCUGGCGGUGGUGGGAGAUGAUGGAGCUACUCAGCUGGCCAUGCUCACCUCAGGAAGCUGCUUCGGGGAGAUCAGCAUCCUGAACAUCCGGGGCAGUAAGAUGGGAAACAGGAGAACAGCUAACAUCCGUAGCCUUGGUUACUCUGACCUGUUCUGUCUGUCUAAGAGAGAUCUGACCGAGGCGCUCAGUGACUUCCCUCAUGCUAGAACCCAGCUGGAGCAGAGGGGGCGGGACAUCCUCAGGAAGGAGGGGCUACUGGAUGAAGUGGGAGGAGAAAGCCUGGGAGUGGAGGAAAUGGAGGAGAAGGUGUGUGUUUGUUUGUAAGGAAGCACAACAUGCAUAGCAAGAUGAUUGAGGUGUUAAAGACCUAUGUGUUUCCUGAAUGGCCCCCAUAGGACUCUAGCCUCAAGGAGUUCCCCCAUAGGACUCUAGCCUCAAGGAGUGUCCCCAUAGGACUCUAGCCUCAAGGAGUGUCCCCAUAGGACUCUAGCCUCAAGGAGUGUCCCCAUAGGACUCUAGCCUCAAGGAGUGUCCCCAUAGGACUCUAGCCUCAAGGAGUGCCCCCAUAGGACUCUAGCCUCAAGGAGUGUCCCCAUAGGACUCUAACCUCAAGGAGUGUCCCCAUAGGACUCUA